GUGAUCUAGGUGGGGCUCAGUGUACAAAAUAAUGUUUGCUCAACUAUUGCUUGGUUUAUUUUCCCUUUCAGUCUGUGCAGUAACUGUAGGAGCUGCUGCUCCACCAGACAAACCUCACAUUGUCUUUGUACUAGUAGAUGACUGGGGGUUUGCUGAUGCCAGUUUCCGUAACCCAGCCAUUAAGACUCCAAGCUUCCAGUACCUUGUGGACAAUGGACUUAUCCUGAACAGACACUAUGUAUUCAAGUACUGCUCGCCUUCAAGAGCCUCGUUUCUAACUGGUAGGUUCCCUCAUCACGUGCACCAGUGGAACCCAACACCACCAGGAAUGGUUGGUACCAAUAUCAAUAUGACCAUGUUACCUGCUAAAUUGAAGACUGCUGGGUAUUCCACACACAUGGUUGGUAAAUGGCACCAGGGUUUGUAUGACCCAGCUUAUCUUCCUGUCAACAGAGGCUUUGAUACAUCAUCUGGGUUCCUGCAAGCUGGGGAAGGUCAUUUCAAUCAGACGAUAGGUUGUGCUGUUGAUUUCUGGAAGAAUCAUGCCCCAGACACUCGUAAUGGCACAUAUGACUCUUAUAUUUAUAAUAAAGACCUAACCACUAUAUUCAGUAAACAUGAUGCCAGUAAACCAUUAUUCCUCUAUCUUCCAUUACAUAAUGUCCAUGCACCUAUUGAGGCACCUCAGGAAUGGCUGGACCUCUAUCCUGUUAACUCUACCUGUGCUACAAGGAGAGUACUACAGGCAAUGGUCAGUGUGGCUGAUAAUGUCACCGGACAUGUUGUUAAUCUAUUGAAAGAAAAUGACAUGUGGGAUAACACCAUCAUGGUAAUAUCAGCAGAUAAUGGAGGGGCAGAUUGUAAAGGUAGUAAUUAUCCAUUGAAAGGAUCAAAACACACUUUCUUUGAGGGAGGAGUAAGAGUCAUUGCUUUUGCUAGUGGAGGGUUGAUACCAGCAGCAAGACGUGGGAAGAGUACCGAUGGAUUCAUUCAUGUUGCUGACUGGUACACUACAUUCUGUAAAAUGGCUGGUGUGGAUCAUAAUGAUUCUGGUAAAGGGAAGUUUCCAGUUGAUGGACUAGAUGUAUGGCCUAUCAUUACUGGAGAGAAUGAAGAAACACAACACGAAGAGAUUGUAUUGGGAUAUGAUUUUGACUACUCACCCUCUCACACUCAUCAAGGUGCUAUCAUAGCAGGCAGACAUAAACUGAUUGUUGGUAACCAGUACACCCACUGCAACUCACUCAUGUGGUCGCCAUUGGACUAUCCUUGCAGUAAUGGCAGUGUCUCUGAAGACUGUGAUCCUUAUUGUCUUUAUGAUAUCAUUAAUGAUCCUUCAGAAAGAAAUGACCUCUCAAAAAAAGAACACGCAAUACUUAAAGAUAUGCUUGAUAGGUACAACAGUUAUUCAAAGGAGCCUCGUUCAAUGCAAGACCAAGGUAUCCACAAUAAGGACGAUAUUCCAAAAGGCAAACAGCUUUGUGAGUAUUUCAGUACACGAGGAAUGUACUGGCAGCCUUGGGUCAAUGUUUGAUUAACUUGCUAUUGUUUUUAUUGCUGCUUUUAAUUGCUAUGUGCUGUCCUAUGCUUUAUAUUAAGAUUUAAUGCCAAACCCCCGCCAGAUCUGCCGGGAAACUUA